GGGUUGAACAGCUUGCAGACACCUUCAAUCAGAGCAGGAGGACCGCUCUUUGAAGCUACCCAGGGGAGGAGGAUUAUCCUGUGCUCUUGCGCACAUCCUACACAGGCGGUUUCCCUUGAUGUGUCUGGCAUGGCCAACAUAAAUGUCCCUACACCUAACACAGUAGCAAUCAGCAUGCCUCACUGCUGUCUGGCAGCUCUGAUCUCACCACCCACAUAGACACUGCAUCUCCAGUCCCACCAAUUCCCCAGGCUAUUUCUCUGGGAGAAGCAUUCACACCCUCAGGCAGUUUCCACUUAACAUCUGGCAAUUACAAUCCACUCACCUAUCUCCCAAUGAAGACUGACUUGGUGGGCAUUUCAGGCCUGAAAGAAGAGGCCAUCAAGGAGAAGGAGAUGUGUGGCAUAGAGUCAUUGAACAGCCAAGGCAGCCUGGACUCAAACAGGGAGGAUGACAGAGCCACUCUCAUCCUGUCCCUCAGUCUCUGCAAUGUGAGGAAGAUUGAGCUCUCUAAGGCAGCCAAAGUCUUUGAGAUGUUUGAAACACAGAUCUAUCAUUUUGAAACCCGGCGAGCCAAAAAGCCCAAGAAGUCUGAUGAUGAUCUUGACAUUUUCAUUGAAUGUGAAGUUCACAGUGCUGAUGUUAGUAUCCUUAUCACCUCCUUAAAGAGAGUAGCAGAGGAUGUGAAAACUAGCAGAGAAGACAAAGUACCCUGGUUCCCCAGAAAAAUCCAAGAUCUGGACAAGUGUCACCAUCUGAUCACUAAGUAUGAUCCCAGUUUGGACCAUGGUCAUCCUGGGUAUGCUGACCUGGAGUAUAAGAAACGGAGGGCAUUCUUUGCUGAUCUUGCCUUAAACUACAGAGUGGGAGACCCUUUGCCUCUCAUCGAGUACACAGCGCAGGAGACGGCAACUUGGAGAGAAGUCUACAGGAAGCUGAGAAGCCUUUACCCUACUCAUGCCUGUACACAGUACCUGGAUGCUUUCCAGCAGCUGGAGAGGUACUGUGGCUACCAGGAAGAUAACAUACCUCAACUCCAGGAUGUCUCCAGAUUUUUAAAAGAGAGAACAGGUUUCCAGCUGAGACCAGCUGCAGGACUUCUGUCUGCUCGUGACUUCCUUGCCAGCCUGGCAUUCCGUGUCUUCCCGUGCACACAGUAUAUAAGGCAUUUCUCUUCUCCUAUGCAUUCCCCAGAACCAGACUGUUGCCAUGAGUUGCUGGGUCAUGUUCCCAUGCUAGCUGACCAGGAGUUUGCCCAGUUCUCACAGGAUAUUGGACUGGCUUCUCUUGGAUCAUCUGAAGUGGAGAUUGAGAAACUGGCCACACUCUAUUGGUUCACUGUGGAGUUUGGUCUCUGCAAGCAAAAUGGAUUGAUCAAAGCUUACGGGGCAGGACUGCUUUCAUCUUAUGGGGAGCUUAUGUAUGCUUUGUCAAACAAGCCAGAGUACAAGCCUUUUGAUCCAGAAGUGACUGCAGUUCACCCCUAUCAGGAUCAAGCCUUCCAGCCUGUCUAUUUCAUAGCAGAAAAUUUUGAAGAUGCCAAGGUCAAGCUUCAAAACUACACAAUGAAGAUCAAGAAGCCUUUUGCUUUGUACUAUGACUCCUUCACCAACAGCGUUGAAAUUAUGAACACACCACAGAAAGUCAAGAAGGCACUCUGUCAGAUGAAAGAGGAACUAAAAAACCUCUGCUUGGCCCUUGAAAACAUCUCUUAAAACUACAGCAGUUCAUCUCACCUGUCACUGAGAUACUUGAAGGUGGUUUCAGCACUUGAAGAGUUAGUGAUGAAGCUGUAGUUGUACGCAAAAAUCUUUAAUAUGCAAACCAGCUCAGUUUAUCUAAUCUUUUCACUGUAAUUUAGGCUGCUGACUUAAACACAUUAGUAAGUUCCUAUUUAGUAUGUUUCAAUGACACGAAAGACCAAGUUAUUCCAAGUUUUGGUAGGUGAUAUGAGCUACAUCUGUUUGCAGUGUAUUUAUUUGUUAUUGGACUUUAUUGGUUUUUUUAUUCCCCUGUCACCUUUUCAAGUUAUCUAUCACAAAAUAGCAUAGUAACUUUCAUCCACACAGUCUUUUAUUUGCUGCCUUCAUGACAUGAUCACAACCUCUUAGGUUGGCUAGCUGCCUAUAGUUAGCAGUCCUUGCAGCUAGCUCAUUGCUGCUAGCAAUUAUUAUCAUCUACUGUGCUCACAAACUAUGAAUGGUUCCCUUAAAAUGUGCAAAUACAAGACUUUGUAAGAGGAACACUUUACUUCUGCUCACUAUUUAUUUUUUAAAACACUCGUCUCAUUCAGUAGCCUUCAAAUAUGACAAAAAGAUUUCCUGUCGCAUUUCAGAUCACAGAAUAUUCAUACUUUGGCUAAAAGAAAAAGCAGAAAAUAAAAGGCCCAAGAUGCUCUGGCUCUGUCACAUACAAGGGUGCUUAAUUUGAAUUCUGAGGAGAAGAUUUUUGUGUAAGGAAAGAUUUGCAAAGAGGCCUUUAAGAGAUAGGCUUCUGCUGGUUUUUCAUGGGAUUCAGAUUCUCCAGGAUACCUUUAAAAAUCUUUGCUUCUUAUUGAUGUCAUGAUGAUUGCAGUAAUAACCAAAAGGUCAAAUAUAUGGAACAUCUAGUGGAAAACCUAAGAUCAACCACUAGCAGCUGUAUAGCCUUGCUAUGGAACAAAUAUCUGAUAUAUGCUCCAAUUCAUCUUGUUUGCCUCUCCAGCCCCUCUCUGAGAUGUUCCUGAAAUUUAUCUACAAUGUGCAGGUCAUGUUUCCUAGAAUCAAUCUAAUAAGUGCCUAUUCCAGAGUUUCAUGUUCUUCAUGUCCCCUUCCUUCCUCUACUAUUCACAAAUAGAAAGUUUAGGAAAAGAAGACGAUGUUCAAGACAGGAAGGAUUCCAUCUCCUCUUAGCAGCAGCACAAAGAGAUGGGGUUGAUGCAGGCUACAGGUAUGGCAUAAGCAGGCAAAAUGUGGAUCUCAUGGCUCAAGCUGGGUGAUAGUGAUCCACAAAUCUGAUUCAUCCUGUGCAGCUUAGAAGCCCUACUCAUUUAUUCAAAAGUGUGUUUAGGAUGUGGCAGACAGCUACCCUGUGCACUGCUACCCACCACCUGCCAGUGUACAGGGUCUGAACUCUGAGGUAAAUGUGAGGUGGUUUGGCUCUUGAUGGAAAAGGAGUUAUCAUCCCUUCCUGAACUGGUCACUGUGGGAUAGGAGCAUGUACACAGACAGUCACAACAGAGCAAUCCACAUGCUGUUACUUCAUGCAGAGCUUAUCUCACUGUAAUUUGUCCACGUGCCAAACUCUAAAGAAACUGUCUUAUUGAAAGUUAACAGAAUGCUGUCUCUUAAACCUUCAUGUCUACAAGCACUUCAGCAAAUUUUCCCAUGGGUAGUAAUACUCAAGAUCUGGGGAGCUGUUGCAAAUGCUUGAUUUUAUUAAAGUGUGGUGAUGCCUGAAAAAUUUGGAAGUAUCUUGACAAAAAUGGUUAUGAGACCCCCUUUCUCUCAACAGCAGGAGCAUCCCAAGCUUUUUUUUUUUUUUCAAGUCCAGGAUUCUUCUAUUCUAUUCCAGAAGAACACUUGCAUAUCAUAAACCCUGUUUUGCUAGAAAUUCAGCCAAGGACAGAGCUGAAGUGAGUUCCUUCCCUUCCAGUAUAUUUCUACUGUGAUGGAGGAUGAUCUCUCAGCAUGCUUUUAUGGAUUUAAUUCUACUUAUCCUGCUCAUAAACACACACACACAAAUACCCUUUCUCCUCAGAGCAAUUUGUUUCCUUACAUAUUGUAAUAAUUUAUCUGUCUGCUUCCUGCCAAUUGGUGCAUAGGCAAAAAUGUUUGAUAGCUCACAACAGAUUGUUUUCAGAAGUAUUAUUUUCAUCAAUCAGUCCUUUUACAGUGAAAAUUGAAUCAUGUGCUCCAGUUCUGUGUAUUUUCUUUUUCUUUCUUUUUAAGUGGAAGAUAAUGCCAGAGCGGAAGAGCUAUCAAAAUAUUUUCUAUAGACGGAUUCUGUAGGCCAUAGGGUCUUUUUCAUGUAUUCCCUCUGAAAUGGUUGAAUGUGGAAUUUAGACUUGAGUUUGGCUAUUACUCAGAACAGACCUAUAUUUGGAAGAAAUGAGAGACCUGAUGGAUUUGUUUUGCCCAAGGCCUCACACUUUCCUUGGAGGGACUCCAGGCCCGCCCACACACCCUUGUCUUUUCCAGUUCCUGUAGCAAGGAGAGAAAAAGAAGCCAUUUGGAGCCAGAUUCUCCCACCCUUACACACGCUGAGUAGUACCCAAUCUCUCAAGCAGUCCCAGUGACAGUACUGAGCCUGUCUAAGGUGCUGUACACAGACCACAAGAGCGGGAUUAUCAAAACCACUGUGGGUGUACUUGCAUUUUUUUAUUGUCUUAGUGAUAGUCAGCUGGCAUACUCGACUAGGGGAGGCUCCUCCAGUGAAACUUAGUGGAGCUGCAAAAGUAAUGGAUUUGGCUACUUGAACUUUUAAGAUGUGUAAAUGUUUUUCCAAAGGAGGUAAAUCUUUCCCUCCUUCCUCAGGCAGAACCUACCCCAGGAUAGCCAUGUUUGACACUCCCCUCUAAGAAGGUCCAAAUUCUUUUCUUUUUAUUCAAUGUAGUGACAAAACAAAAGUCUUCAGGGUUACAUCCUUAUGAGUUACACUAGUCAUUCUGCUCUUCCAAUAGUCAUUCUUUCACUUCCUCACAGAAGCCAAGAAGUACCUCAUACUCCUGUCAGUCUAAGGCAGCAGUGAUGGGAAAGGCAGCAAUGGGGCCUCCUGAUGAAAAUAAUGGCACAGAGGAAAAAGCACCAACCAGUAAAAAUAUGUCUUUUUGUCAGUUUGCAUUUCAGCAGUUUUGUAUUAAUCUUACACAAGAAGGUUCCAAAGCCAAGUAAAACACAUCUUGUGACUUGAAACUGAACUGAUGAACUCCCCAUGGGUCCUUUGCUUAUCCUGAUAAACUUAUUUUUCCUAGAUGGAGUGCAUUUAGAACAAAAUAGUGUAUGUUAUUAAAUCUGUACUGUGUUGUUCUGUUAUACAUGGGAGAGUUAGUAAAUUCAGUUUGUGGGUUUGGGUUUGUUUUGUUUUUUGGUUAACCAAGUCUGUCCUCUACCAAUUUUGGUCCACCUUCAAGUCUCCAGCUGCUUCACUGCUUCCCUGCAGAUUUGCUAGGGAUGCCAAGGGUACCACUGUGUAAGGAGAAUACACAGUUAUGCAAUUUGGGGAAUUUGGCAGGACAGGAAGAGGAAAUUUAGGCUGGCCUCCCACCCACUCCCAUGAGAAACAGUGUUGUAUUACAAUGCAGAGCUGUCAUCCUCAGAAAGACCUUCUCAAUCAUUUCCCUUUUGUUCCCUUAACAUUUUGAUCUUUGUACUACCUGGUGAAUGUAAACCUUAUUUAACCACUUCAAGAAAGGCUAGCAGGGGGAGAAAAAAAAAAAGAAAAAAGAGAAAGACCUUCCAAGAAGAAAAACUUCAUUACCCUAAGUCUUUCUUAUCUCUGAUGAUCUGUGAAGGAAGAAGAAAACAAAUCAAAGCAAGCUUCCAUGGAAAUGAUAGCAUAUUCCUGAAGAAACCUAAAACAUUUAAUUCUUCCAUGUACAACCACACGCAUGAAGAUCUCCUUACACCCAUCACUGAAAUGUCAUCAUUUACCCAAUAAAUCAUGACCAUCAAUUAACCAUGCACAGAAGUGUUACAUGACUUCUUGAGUCAGGAAGUGAAGCUACCAGGAAAAACCCUCCAGUAGCUUUGCCUUAAACACAUACUGCAAAAACAUAAGGCUCUCUGAAGCCUGCUUCCAUAGAUAUCCUACAGCAUGGAGAAAUUCCAGUUGGCAUAGAAACAGAGGGGUAUAUACAUACAUUCCUGGUAAUCUCACCCACCACUAAUCAGGAGUUUAUAUAUGGGCUUUGAGAUUCAGUUAGAAGACAUUACUUUGCAGCAUUCUUCAGCUGGCGCAUGAUCAGAGGUUGGCAGAAAGGGUUACUGGCUGUAUCGUAUUAAAUAUACAUUAAGUUUGGGUAAUGCUGGUGGCUGAGGCCCAAAGUGAAAGCAAAUCUCUGGCACCUUCUCCCACCACAAAAAUUCCUCAGGGGAAAGAAAGACAGACUAGAAAAAGAGUCUGACUGACAACUGGCAGAGCAAAGGGAUGAGGAACCUAAAGCACCGGUGGAUAGGCCUGAAACAUGUUUGCUUUGCAUAUGCUGUUUCAUUAUACUUGAGAAACGUUUCUGUCUGAAAGGGAGCUUUUUAGUGUAAAGGAGGAAAUUUGGUACCUGUGAGAGUGUGGAGGAGUUUAGGUUAGUUAAGACUUUUUAAUCAUGCCUGAGGAGUGUUAGCCUUACCUAAGGCAUUUACUUUCAACAUGGGGUGCAAAGCUUGGAAAGUAGAAAAGGUGUCUUUGGAAAAGAG